UGGUCGCUGCCGGCGCAGCCUCGCUCUGGGGUUUCCCUUCCGGGGUCGGAGGUGGCGGCGGGCCCGGAAGCGGCGGCGGCACCGGCACCGGCACCGGGAGGUGGCGCUGCCCUGGUGGCCGAUGUCCCCGGAGGAUGAGCAAGCCCCCGGAGCUGCAGCACGACCUGGAGCGCAGCCUGCCCGCCAUCGCCUCCAUCAGCUCGUCCCUCUCGCAGAGCCAGGGCUUCUCCCCGUACUUCCUCUCCCCGGAGAAGAGAAAAGCCAUCUCGGAUGUGAGGAGAACCUUCUGCCUCUUCGUCACCUUCGACCUGCUCUUCAUCUCCCUGCUGUGGAUCAUCGAGCUCAAUACCAAGGUGGGCAUCAAGGAGAACCUGAAGGAUGAAAUCAUCAACUACAAAUUCAAGACCUCCUUCUUUGACAUCUUUCUCUUGGCUCUGUUUCGAUUCGUGGUGCUGCUCCUGGGCUACGCCGUCGUCCGCCUGCGCCACUGGUGGGUCAUCGCGGUCACUACACUGGUAUCCAGUGCCUUCCUGAUUGUCAAGGUCAUCCUCUCCGAGCUUCUGACCAAAGGAGCUUUUGGGUAUUUACUUCCCAUCGUCUCGUUUGUCAUUGCUUGGCUGGAGACCUGGUUCCUGGAUUUUAAAGUGCUAACUCAGGAAGCAGAAGAGGAACGAUGGUUCCUGGCAGCCCAGGCUGCAGCCUCGAGGCCACUGCUGUACCCCCGAGCCCUCUCCGAGGGACAGUUCUACUCCCCACCCGAGUCCUUUGCAGGCUCAGACAACGAGUCUGAUGAGGAAGGUGUGGGGAGGAAGGCCUUGACAACUCAGGAAAAGGAGUAUGUCCGACAAGGCAAAGAGGCCAUGGAGGUUGUGGACCAAAUCCUCGCUCAGGAGGAGAACUGGAAGUUCGAGAAAAGCAAUGACUUUGGUGAUGUUGUUUACACUUUUGAAAUCCCUUUCCACGGCAAGACCUUUAUUUUAAAGGCUUUCCUGCAGUGCUCCCCUGAAAUGGUUUACCAGGAGGUGAUUCUGCAGCCCGAGAAGAUGAUCCUGUGGAACAGAACAGUGGCAGCUUGCCAGAUCUUGCAGCGGGUUGAGGACAACACGAUUGUCUCGUACGACGUGGCGGCCGGAGCUGCCGGCGGGGUGGUGUCCCCAAGGGAUUUCGUGAACGUGCGUCGGAUCGAGAGGAGGAGAGACAGGUACGUUUCCUCAGGGAUGUCGACCACGCACAGCCUGAAGCCUCCGCUCUCCAAGUACGUCAGGGGUGAGAAUGGACCAGGGGGAUUCAUCGUCCUGAAGUGUCCCAGCAAUGCCAAGGUCUGCACCUUCAUCUGGAUCCUCAACACGGAUCUGAAGGGCCGCCUGCCCCGCUACCUGAUCCACCAGAGCCUGGCUGCCACCAUGUUCGAGUUCGCCUUCCACCUGCGCCAGCGCGUGGCCGAGCUCUGCUCCAAGCCCUGAGGACAUUCCAGUGCCCUCUCUGCCCUCUGGGGACGGGGACAGCACCCUGCACCCCCCCCAGGCGAGGAGGGGUCCCCCCACUACGGGCCAGGGGGGCUCAGCCCCUCCUCCCACCACGUUGCUCCCAGUGAUGGGGUCUGGACCCGACUGUUCCGUGCCAAAUCCCUGCCCUGCCCUCCCUGGGGACUGAGCAGGGCUCCCCCUACCUAAGAACGGGUUGGGGGCUCAGCUGGCACCCCCAGAUUGCUGCCCAAUUCCGUGAGGAAGAGGGGACAGGGGUGGUGGCCGUGGUGAGGACUCGGUUGCUGUGCCAGCAAGGUCCCUGUGCCCUGUGCCAGGCUGUGCCCUCCACCAGCAAUGAAGGCACAAUUUGUGACCCCAGGGCUGUGCCCCCCACCCAUUUGGGACCCCCCAAACCCCCUCCAAUGGCUCUGGCCGAGCCCCCUCCUUCCCAAAGCGCGGGAUUUGCCUUAAGAGGAGACUCUGCUCCUUUUUGGGUGUGCGGGGGGGGGUGUUGGGGGUGGGGCUGCGGGGGCGACCGCGGCUCCUCUACCUGAGAGCGCCGUGUGCUGCUCUAAAAACAGCAGCAGCAGCAGCAGCAGCAGCACAGGGCGGGGGCUGCGCUGGGGAGGGGGCACACGCAGCCCCCCGGGCCCUGCACAGCCCCCCCAGGCUCUGCACAGCCCCCCAGCUCUGUGCACACACAACCCCCCCAGGGCUCUGUGCACCCAAAGCCCCCCCAGGGCUCUCUGCACCCCCCUUGGGGGGUCUUGGGGGUGCAGCCCCCCUCCCCAAAUCUGUGGGGUGUGAAUUAAAGCCUUGCACUGUUUGCA